GGAGGAGAAGACUCGAGAGUGAGAGAGAGUCGCCGCUGUAUCAGGUAUCGGUGGGAGAUCCAAACAAAGGGUUUUGGCAAUGGCUACCAACCAACCGAGGAAUAUGAUGAUUCCUCAGCUCUUGUUUCUUCUCAUUUCUUGUUUUGCCUUUCAGAUCCGUUCUUCUUCCGACGCGAUUCUGUACGAGUCCUUUGAGGAUUCUUUUGAGGGGCGUUGGAUCGUCUCUCAGAAGGACGACUACAACGGUGUAUGGAAACACUCAAAGAGUGAAGGACAUGAUGAUUAUGGUCUUCUGGUCAGUGAGAAGGCCAGGAAGUAUGCGAUUGUUAAGGAACUUGAUGAGCCUUUGAGUCUUACGGACAAAACAAUUGUCCUACAAUAUGAGGUUCGGCUCCAAAAUGGGCUUGAAUGUGGCGGUGCAUACUUGAAGUACCUCCGACCCCAAGAGGCUGGGUGGAAAGCAAAGGAAUUUGACAAUGAGUCUCCUUACUCUAUAAUGUUUGGACCUGACAAAUGUGGCUCCACUAAUAAGGUCCACUUCAUCCUUAAGCACAAGAACCCCAAGAAUGGGGAGUAUGUAGAGCACCAUCUAAAGUUCCCUCCAUCAGUUCCCUCUGACAAGCUUACCCAUGUAUACACUGCGAUAUUGAGUCCUAAUAAUGAACUUAGGAUUCUAAUUGACGGUGAGGAGAAGAAGAAAGCAAAUUUUCUUUCAUCCGAGGAUUUUGAGCCACCACUAAUCCCUGCAAAGACAAUUUCUGACCCAAAUGAUAAGAAGCCAGAGGAUUGGGAUGAGCGAGCCAAAAUUCCGGACCCAGAUGCUGUCAAGCCAGAUGAUUGGGAUGAGGAUGCUCCGAUGGAAAUUGAAGACGAAGAAGCCGUGAAACCGGAAGGAUGGUUGGAUGAUGAACCUGAGGAAAUAGAUGAUCCCGAGGCAACAAAGCCAGAAGAUUGGGAUGAUGAAGAGGAUGGCGAGUGGGAAGCUCCAAAGAUUGAUAAUCCAAAGUGUGAGGCAGCUCCUGGUUGUGGUGAGUGGAAGAGGCCAACCAAGAGGAAUCCUGCUUACAAAGGAAAAUGGCAUGCACCCCUUAUUGAUAACCCAAAUUUCAAGGGCAUCUGGAAGCCUAAAGACAUUCCAAACCCUGAUUAUUUUGAGAUUGAGAAACCUGAUUUUGAGCCUCUUGCUGCUAUUGGCAUUGAGAUCUGGACAAUGCAGGAUGGUUUAUUGUUUGACAAUAUCCUAAUUGCCGAUGAUGAGAAGGUGGCAGAAUCAUACAGGCUAACAUCAUGGAAGCCAAAGUUUGACGUUGAGAAAGAGAAGCAGAAGUCUGAGGAAGCAGCCGACGGUCUUUCAGAUGGUCUCUCUGCAUUCCAGAAGAAAAUAUUCGACGUGCUCUACAAGAUAGCAGAUUUGCCUUUCUUGAGCGCAUACCAGCCCACAAUCAUUGAUCUCAUUGAAAAGGCAGAAAAACAACCCAACAUUACAAUCAGUGUCCUUGUGUCCAUUGUGGUUAUUAUCUUGACUGUUCUCUUCAGAAUCCUUUUUGGCAGCAAAAAACGAGCGGCCGUGAAUAAUUCCGAAACAAGUACACCCGCGCCUGCAGAGUCUUCUAAGGAUCAAAGCAGUGGCGAAGAGAAGGAAGAUGAGAACGAGAAGGAAGAUGAGAACGAGAAAGAAGAUGCUGCAGCUCCUCCUCGUAGAAGGCCUGUCAGAAGAGACAAUUGAAUAUGAAAUAGAAUUUGCUGGUUCGGGAAUUUUUGAGAUAGAACUUCUAUUGCUGGAUUAUUUGAGCCCCGUUUUAUUUUCGUAGACAGUUUCCAUGAGUAUAGACUUGUUAACUCUUUCGAUAUUGGUCUUUACUUUUGUACUCAGAAUGUGUCUUUGUUGGACUAGACUAUAUGUUAAUCUUACAUGCAUUUGACGCAUUCUCCUUAUUUUCGGCACUCUAUGGAAUAAAAAUUAGGAACUUGUUUGUUUAUUCA